AUUUUGUUCACAUUUCAGUCGUGGUUUGUGCUACGUCGAGACAUAAUCACCAAAUACAUACCAAAGUGCGGAGUGAUGAGCGAGAGUGUCGACGAAGUGCAAAUAAAGUAAAAAGUUUUAAUAAUUAUGGCUGGUGGCGAUUACGCUAUGAAUAAGGCCGAACCGAACGGAAAACCAGUGGAAGUAGUUAAUAAUGAUAACCCAGAGCGAGCCUCAUGGGGUCGCCCCUUGGAGUUCAUCCUCGCCUGUCUGGGAUACGCCGUGGGUCUGGGUAACGUCUGGAGGUUCCCCUACCUAGCCUACAGAAAUGGCGGCGGUGCUUUCCUUAUACCAUUCUUCCUCAUGUUAUUAAUUAUUGGGCUUCCCAUCUUCUUCCUCGAGUUGUACGUUGGUCAGUACACCGGUAUUGGACCCCUGCAGGCCUUCUCCGCUAUAUCGCCUUUCUUCAGUGGCCUUGGAUACUGCACUCUGGUCGUCAUCACUCUGAUCUCCAUCAACUUCAUGAUUAUCAUCGCGUGGACUCUGUUCUAUACCAUUGUGUCUAUCGCCGGGAAUUUGGAUUGGGGAUCUUGUGAAAAUCCCUACAAUACUGACGCUUGCUACAGUGGUGAAUACGACAAAGCUUGUCGAGAAAACAAUACAGGCGCAGCUUCCGAUCUUACUUAUUACAUGAGACAGUGUAUGAGCAUCGGACAAAUCUGUAUGGACACCGGAUUCUUGCCAUACGACGGAAAUUAUUGCAUGAAUGUGACUGAAACCGUGCCUUGGUACUCAAAUGCUACCAGGAUUUUGGCUUCUGAAGAGUAUUACAAUGAGCGCGUGUUGGGCAGGGGCGACUCUUCCUGGGAGAACUGGGGUUCGAUCCAGUGGCAUUUGGUCGGAUGUCUUGCGCUUUCAUGGCUUAUUGCUUUCUUCUGUGUCAUCAAGGGUGUACAAUCAGCAGGAAAGGUGGUGUACUUCACAGCUCUGUUUCCUUACGUGAUGUUAACCGCUCUGCUGAUCCGAGGAGUCACGCUAGAGGGCGCUGGUGAAGGGAUCGUUUUCUAUCUGUCUCCGAACUGGGAACAGCUGCUGAAUGCUCGAGUCUGGGGUGAUGCGGCUUCACAGAUUUUCUACUCGUUCGGUGUGGGUGUCGGUUCUCUCGUGACGUUGGCGUCAUACAACAAGUUCAACAACAACUCACAUUUCGACGCCAUCUUUGUCAGUCUGACGAACUUCUUAACUUCCAUAUACGCUGGUUUCGCUAUCUUCUCUGUGCUGGGAUUCCAGGCUCAGCAAAUGGGUGUCAGUGUUGAAGACGUGGCAGCUGAAGGUCCAGGAUUAGCAUUCGUGGCGUACCCUGAGGCGUUGCUCCAGAUGCCCGUGGCAAGGAUGUGGUCCAUCCUGUUCUUCUUCAUGUUAUUCGUCCUCGGUCUUGGAAGCCAGUUCGGUGGUAUUGAGGCUAUAAACACCGCCAUUGUUGAUCAGUGGCCUCAUCUUAGGAAGACUUACUGGAAGGUGACUGCAAGCACAUGUUUUGCAUGUUUCAUAAUGGGACUGCCAAUGUGUUUCAGUGGAGGCGUCUACUUGUUUACUCUACUAGAUUAUAAUACCGCUUCUUGGGCUAUCCUGUUGAUUGGUAUCGCUGAGUGCGUUGCAGUAUCAUGGAGUUACGGAAUAAAUCGUGCUAUGAAAGAUAUUGCGUCCAUGGACAUGAAACUUAACGUGAUCAUGCGAUUCUACUGGAAGGCGACUUGGACUGUCGCCGGACCUGUUUUCAGUCUUGCUAUUCUGAUUUUCGUAUUCUACAACUGGGAGCCUCCGAGGUACGAAGACUACGUGUUCCCACUGUUCGCUGACCUGCUGGGCUGGGCUAUUGGCCUAUCCACCAUCAUCCUCUUCCCCGUCGGCGUAGGAUGGGCCUACUACCAUGGAUACCGCGGCAAAGAGCUUUUCACACCAACAGCAGCCUGGAGGCCGACAAAGAAAAUUCUAGACGCACCACGAUCUGACUCCAUUGUAGAUUUAGAAACAACACAACAAGGACCCUAUGACAACAUGGGCUAUAUAAUGUGAAAAUAUAAAUAGCAUUACAUUUAUAUUAAGAACACAGUAUCUAGUCAAGUAACUUUUUGGUUUGAAGGCCAAAAUAAAAAACUAACGUUAAGUUCAUGCCACACUGCACAAGCGAUGCCAAAAUAUGUUUUAUCGCAUAGUAGAUGCUUUGAAGCACUUUGGAUAAUUUUUGUUGACAGUUGCUUCGUUUAUAAAUGAACUUGUUUUGAUACUGAUUUAUUUCAAGUGGAGAAAAUUAUGUAAAAAAAUUGUGAAGCUUUAGUAGGCACAGAAGUAGAUAUGGAAAAA